AUGUCAAGGAAAGUUAUUGUGGUGUUUGCACUGCUGGUUGCCCUGCUACCACCCUCUGCAGCUGGAGAACCUAAGGAGACUCCUCUCCUACGGCAGCUUCUAGCCAACAGGGAGACCGUAAGAAGCUUGGCAGGCAGACAGGAGCCGGCACCUCAGGCUCCCUCAGCACGGAUGGAGAGACGGGCACACCUAUCGGAGAAUGAACGGGAGAUUAUGACGAAACAAAUAAUGCAAGCAAUCUCAGAGGUGAUGAACUCUGGGUGCAUGUCAGAUCGGGACUACCAGGGCUGGGUGGACUUUGGACGCCGGGACGCAGAAUGA